AUGUUCUUUGUUAGUGGGAGUGCCAAAGUUCUCAGUGGUCCCGUGGAUGGCAGCACGAUCGGUAGCAGUGUAGACAGUCUCUCCGUGCUUGCUCUGCGCAAAUGUCCAGGACACGAAUUGUUUGCCACGAUUACAGCAAACACAAUUCAAUUAUGGUCGAGUCGCCCAAAUGUGGUCUUGUCGCAGGUGCAAAGAGGCGAGGCUACCCUUAAUGAGGACGGAGAGAACUCGGAUAUUAUGUGGAAGCCAGAUGCUACCGGUCUAGUCGUACUGACAACCAGUGGAUUUCUUCAUUUUUAUGACGUGGUUGAAGGUUCAGACACGAUGCUCGAUUACGACUUUGCUUCUUCGCACCACUACAUGACAGGACCCGGUGAAGGACAUAAACUAGACGACCUCUCACUCCGAUUUAGAAUGGCACUUGAAAUAGAUACCAGUGUGCAGUGUGGUGUGGGUUUACAAAACGAUCUUCUCGUAUGUACUCGUGAUUCUCCAUCUCUCUUAUCACUGACGUGGAAUGGGGAAGUCAAGCUUGAGGCGUCUGUUGUGCUUGCUAAUCUGGACUUUCAGGGGCAAGCGCAAGAAGUGGUCAUCCAGAUUGUGCUGUAUCCAGGCCGAGACAUGUUUGGCUGGAUUACAGGCAAAGGCCGUGCGUUUGUAGCACAACGUAUCCUUGUGCCGACUGAUGCAGAGACGUCCUCUUAUUCCUGGACUGGUGUCUGUAUAUACAACCAGGAUAGCGCAGCAUCUAGUGCAACAUGUAUAUCUUUUAAUGCCAGAUUCUCGUUGGUUGCUGUGGGAGCGGCCGACGGAACGAUAUAUGUAUAUUCCAUAACAGAGGAUCGCCAAAGUCUUCGGACGUCACAUCGUCUAGAGCUUCCAAAGACCGUUUCGUCGUAUCUGCAUCAUACUGUUGGGCCAGUGACAUCAAUGGAUUGGUCGGAAGAUGGUUACGCGCUGGCAGCUGGGUGGAAAUUUGGUGGGAUGGCUAUAUGGUCGGUAUUUGGAAGGCUGCUGAUGAGUACCAUUUCGGAGGACACGAGUAUACAGACACCUGCAAACGGGUCCGCUGGUCAAUUAGAAGAUUACUUCCAUGGGGUGCAAGACCUGUUUUGGGGAACGGGUGACUUUGAUUUAUACGUUCUUCCUGGUCCCGGGUUAAUGUCAGGUUCACGCAACGAUAUAUACGUGAUACCAUUGCUGAAAACACCCCUGACCACCAACAGCAACCCUGAUAAUAGUCGGAAUGUGUUUCUCAUUGGUGAAGAUAGGCUGCUCCUGUAUGAGGGAAAUAAUUCGGAAUUUAAUGUUACAGAUUUAGACCUGAUACAAUGGGAUACUGUUCAAGCACCUCAAUCUUAUAUAACCUCGAAUUGGCCAAUACGGUUUGCUGCAAUCAACUCGACAGGGCAUUAUAUUGCCGUUGCUGGUACAUUCGGCUUAGCACAUUAUGAUAAGGCAUCCAGUCGGUGGAAACUGUUUGGCAAUGAGCAACAGGAACAAAGUUUCUCGAUUCGUGGUGGUAUGGUUUGGUUUAAAAGUCUUUUAAUUGCUGCCUGUGUCAACAAUGAUUCCGGUGACCACGAGCUACGGCUGUUUUCGCGUGAUGCCAAUCUUGAUACAUCGCAAGCGUUGCUGUCGCACCACCUUAUUAGUGAAGCUAUUACUCUGUCAUCGUUAGACUCUCAUAUUCUCAUUUAUUCUGCCGACAGUGUGUUGAGACAUUAUAGUAUUGUCACUGGAUCAGUCGGUAGACCAUCCUUCCACCUCCAUCAACAGAUAAAUUUUGUUGAUAUCAUCUCUAAUCCCUGGUCUGUCCAAUCUGUCGCAUGGAUACCCCCAUUCAGAGAAGCUACUCUGGAAACAAUAAAAACAAGUCCCAUUUUGAUAUUAAAGAGUGGGGAAUUGAGCGUGCUAAAAGAGUCGCCAAAACAUGAUUGGGAGCAUAUGGUUUUGGCCAACCAUAUUGAACAUUUCUUCGUGUCAAAGCCCUUGGAGAGGGCAGCUGGAAUGCAUCAUUCGUUAUGGGCUUUUGAUGGCGCUGGAGUUAAGAUAUGGGCUAAUAUUAUUACGGAUGACACGAUGCUACCUGAAGCAUGGCCUCCCACAAAGAAUUGGAAUGAAGAUAUCAGAAUGGAACUUGAUUUUUAUCCAUUGACGGUCAUGAUGCACCGUGCCAUUAUCAUGGGCAUCGAACAAAGAAUGGCCUUACGGAAUUCGGUGCAGUGUACAUUUUACAAGUUGGAAACCAAAACUCAUUUGUAUUUGCAUCACAUCAUCAGAUAUGUUUUAUCCAGAGGGAUGGAGGAGGAAGCAGUCGCAUUUGCAGCAGGAUUUCGUCAUUUACAAUAUUUUGGACAUUCUCUCGAAAUGCUACUACAUCAGGUGUUGGAGGAAGAAGCAGAGACUUUUGCUGGUUUCUCUCAAGGUGCUCUUCUGCCAUGUAUUGCACGAUUUUUGGAAGCAUUCCCACAUCACCUUGAUGUCAUUGUUCGAUGUGCACGCAAGACGGAAGUUGCCUUGUGGGAAUAUUUCUUCUCGAUUGUUGGAGAUGCGAAGGAACUGUUCUCUCAAUGUUUACAAAGCGGUGCUCUGGAUACUGCCACAAGCUAUCUUAUUAUCAUCCAAACGCUGGAACCUGCUGCUGUUAGUGGAAAACUUGCAAUUCAGUUGCUGGAGAAGGCUUUUGAGAUGGAAGACUUUGAGACUGGCAAGGAGCUGGUUCGUUUCUUGUCGUCAAUUGAUGGAAUGCCACGCUCAGCUGAUGAGAAACAUCAUAUCUCUCCAUCAACAACAAACGGAGUAACUUCGAAAGGCGACUCGUUGGCGGAAGACCACAAGCAUCUGGAGGCUCAGAUUUCAAUGUCCAUGCAUGAUGGAACUGAUUUGUUUUAUAUCGAAAUCCUCAUAAGUAAGCAUGCUCGCAAGCUCAUGGCCAAACAAAGAGUGCGAGCAUUAGGUCGAUUUGCUUCGCAGCUCUCGUUCCCUCUGAUAAAAUGGCUGAAACGUGAGAGGAAUCGAUCUGCGAUGUUUGAUGAUUGGCAUGGAGCACUCAUGUCUUUACAUGAACAGUUCGAACGGCCUCUUCCAACCGAAGCUGCAAUCCUAGCAGGAGAUCGCACCACUUCUUCCCCAACGCGAAAAGGAAGCUUCACACCCUUCGCAGAAACCACAUCAGCAUCCUCAGUAUCAAGUCUCUUUGACGACAAUUCUCCCAACGGUCCCGCCUCUGCACACCCCUCAACAUCCCCAUCAUCGGUAAAGGCACCACGUAAGCGAGCAAACACGCUCCCUUCAUCUCAAGUCUCCGAUCUAGUCACAGAUCCCAAUACACAUACCGAUGAAGACGAAGAGCUGCAGGCCAUGAUCAGAACAACCAGGGAAGCGGAAUGCUGGGAAUGGUGUAUUAUUCUGGCAUCGUUUGCGAUGGAUGUUGGGACGCUGCUGGAGGCUCUGUCGGAGGAGGAUGGGCCGGCUGCUGGGUUGAGGAAUAAGUGGCGGGGUGCAUUGAUGAACACGAAUAGGUAUUUAUCAGGAUAUUAA